ACAACAACAUAUCCCUCCCACAUAGUCCAGCUCAACACACCACUACUCUACUUAACCGCACUCCACCUUCUCCCCCUCUCGCACUACUCCACCAUGGCUAAUCCACUCUCUCUCACUCUCCUCGUCUUCCUGCUCUUCGCGGCCACUUCCUCCGCCCACAACAUCACGCGCAUACUAGCCAAACACCCUGAGUUCUCCACCUUCAACCACUACCUCACUGCCACUCACCUCGCCUCCGAGAUCAACCGCAGACAAACCAUCACCGUCCUCGCCGUCGACAAUGCUGCCAUGUCCUCUCUCCUCUCUAAGGGACUCUCAAUUUCCACUCUCAAGAACGUCCUCUCUCUCCACGUCCUCGUCGACUACUUCGGUUCCAAGAAGCUCCACCAGAUCACCGGUGGAAGUGCCUUGACCUCCACUAUGUUCCAGGCUACCGGAUCUGCCACCGGAACCUCCGGCUACAUCAACAUCACCGACCUCAAAGGCGGCAAAGUCGGGUUUGGCGCUGAAGACAACGACGGAAAGUUAAACGCCGUCUAUGUCAAGUCUCUAGAAGAAAUUCCGUACAAUAUAUCCGUUUUACAUAUUAGUCAGGUUUUGACUUCGGCUGAAGCCGAAGCACCGACGGCUGGACCGAGCCAGCUGAAUCUCACAGCCAUUAUGUUUAAGCAAGGCUGUAAAGCCUUCGCCGACUUGUUGAUAUCUUCAGGGGCAGUAACGACAUUUGAGGACAACGUUGACGGAGGGUUAACGGUGUUCUGUCCCACCGACAAAGUUAUUGACGGUUUCAUGCCAAAGUACAAGAACUUAACGGCACCGCAAAAAUCGGCGCUGCUGCUGUAUCACGGUAUUCCCGUGUACCAGUCAUUGCAGAUGUUGAAGGACAGUAACGGCGUCAUCAACACGUUGGCGACCGACGGCGCGAACAAGUACGAUUUCACUGUCCAAAAUGACGGCGAGGAUGUGACUGUAGAGACAAAAGUUACGACUGCCACCAUAACGGGGACGUUAAAGGAUGAGGAGCCGUUAGUGGUGUACAAGAUCGAUAAGGUAUUGUUGCCUCGGGAGUUGUUUAAGGCGGCUCCAGAACCAGCUCCAGCACCAAAGAAGUCAAAGGGGAAGUCACAUAAGGCAGAGAAGGAGGCGGACUCACCGGAUGCAGACGCACCGGCGGAUGACUCGGCGGAUCAGACGGCUGAUGAUAGUAAUGGGGUUAAUAAGCUGAACGGUGGGAGAUUGAUCAUGGCGGUCGUAGCUUUGUGGUUUGGAGUGUUUGUCAUAUGAUUAGAUUUGGAGAUGUGGAUUUUAUGGGGAACAACUGGCAUGAAGGAAAUAUUAUUUUUUUUAAAAAUUUGUUUGUUGAUAGUUUAUUUUCAUUUGUGGAGAGAAACAAACAAUAAUAUUAUUGUGUGUAUCUGUAAAAUUGCACAUGAGCAUGAGCAGAUGGUACUUCUUUUGUC